GCCAUUGUUCUUCUGCUCAAGUCUGGGAACAGGACGGGACGGCGCUGGUCGGGUACCGGGCGGCGGGUCUGUCGGUAUGACGGGCUCAGGGCCGAAGCUCGGCUUGCUGCUUCUGGUGGCGGUUCUGCUGCAGACUGUGGUGGUCACCAUCACCGUGCUGCACUUCACCACGGCUCUCAACUCGAUGAAGGAGACGUUCGCAAGGAGCAGCGUUUCUUGCCUGACGGGCGCUGACCUGCAGAGCAUCACGGCGGUGCGGGGGGAUCCGUGCUGGCAGGUCACCCAGCAGCUUCACCUGCUCAUUGAAAAGUCUCUGUCUCAGCGCUACCAAAGGCAGAUUUCAUCAGCAGUCAGAGAUGAGGUGUCACGGGUGCUACCUUCACUUGUGAUGGUGGACAGAGCGUCACCUCGACCCAAAGUUGCCGCUCACGUCACGGGGAGCUUUGUGCCUAAACUGGAGCCAGAGGGAGGAGCUCCGGUCUCAGCUGGACGUCGGGUUCAGGGCCAGAAGAUUUCAUGGUGGGAGGGUCAGAAAGGUCUGGCCUUCCUGCAGGAUGUCCAGCUGGUGGACGGCGAGCUGGUGGUGCCGCAGCCUGGCCUCUAUUACGUUUACGCCCAGACCUACUUCAGACACACCCACUCCCUGGAGGAGGAGGGUGAGGAAGGAGAGGAGGCGGAAGACAGAGGAAGGCCGCUGCUGCAGUACGUCUACAAAAAGGUGAGCUCCUAUCCAGUUCCCAUCCUGCUGAUGAAGACGAGCCGGACCUCCUGCUGGUCCCGGGGCUCCCAGUUCUCUCUGCACUCCGCCCACCAGGGGGGGCUGUUCCCACUGAGCACCGGGGACCGCCUGUUUGUCACUGUGACAAACGCCUCAGCCGUGGACAUGGACGAGAAAAGCAGCUUCUUCGGGGCGUUUCUCAUCAGCUAGACCUUUGAACUCUGGACUAAGGACUCUACUGAGGGAGCAAUGUCACAUAGUUUUUCUUAUUUUUAAUGAUUUUUUGAUGGAGGAUCUGUUUGGGUGAAACAUCAGUGCAGCCUGGAGACUUUUCCUGAUAUGAAGCUAAAAAUGAAAACUGCGACUCUUUGGGAAGCCUGAUUUUCUUCUUUUCAGGAUCACAAACUGAGAGAAUCAAAACACUGCUUUAAUUGGUGGAGAAAAAAAAGACUAAUUUUUGUAGAAAUGUUUGAUUUCAGUGUAUUAAAGCUAGCAGCAUGGAUUUUUGUACAAACAGUGAUCAAGGGCAGAAUAAGAUAUUCAGUAACACAUUUAACAGAGCUGAAAUUUUCCAAAAUAAAUCUCAACUUGUCUUAGAUUGGGAACAAUUUUGUGAAACAUGCAAAAACAUUGACCCAGCCUCUUCCACACUAAACAGUUUACUUAACCAAAAGUUUAGGCAGCCAAUGCCAAAGAUUAAGUCAGAAGUCCUUUGUCUUGUUGUGCUUCUUACCUUUAAGCACUCCCUGGUUAAUCCUUUGCUUUGGUUCAUGUUAAUCAUUGGAACUUGGUUAAGCUAUUAAAUAAUCAAGCACAAAAGCAUUCAUUUAGAAUAUGUUAUAAACUCACAUGUAUGGUGAUGUGGGAUAUCAUGUUUUGUUCCUGGUCAAUGCUGGGUUUAAAAUACAUUGGUUGCUUGGUACCAUUUUAGCAAUAAACUCCAAAAACUAGUAGUGAUGUUUCGAGCAGUGGUGCUCUUCAUCAGACUCAGACUCUUCAUCAGCACUUGCCCACUGUGGUUGGAUGUGCGUGUGGACUUUUCUCCUAAUAAUCAAAUCUAAAACACAGCAUAGACUGAAUGAUGUCGUGGCUGAUUAGGGACGAUUGGAAGGAGGGAGUGGGCAUGACUUAUGUUUCAGGGUAGGUGUGGUUUAGUUACUCUUAAACUUCCAUCAAGUCUAAAGGAUGCAAAUGCUGAAAUGGGACGCAGCUAAAGCAUUCUAUACAGUCAGACUUUUUUUUGCAAGUAGAGUCGCCCCCUGCUGGCUAUCUGAGAUAAUUCAGGUUUAAUGGGCUCCAACAUUGGCCCCAAUUUUUAGACCUUUUUCCUUGUCCACUUCUUAUACAGUCUGAGAUAAACUCAUGCAAACCUUGUGUUUUAGUUGCUAAUACCCUUUUAUGCAUGAGUCAAAAUGCAGUUGAAUAAUUCUUUUGCUUCUUAAUUCAUUCAUUAUUGAAAAAUUGUGGUCUGCCUUUUUAAGAAUUAAGAUUUUUUGUGUUUUUGUAUUGAAUUCACCUGCAGAAUUGCUAAGUGGCUAACUUCAUGUGAAAUUGUCCAAAGAUGUAAAUAUUUCUCUAUGUUUUGUAUUAUUUUUCUCUUCAAGCUCCUGUAGAUUCUGGGUGUGGAUUCUUCAGAAAAUGUUCUUUUAUUCUGAAAUUUUUGCUCAAUUUAAUGUUCGAUCACAGAGAUGGAUGAGUGAACCAGGCUUUUCAAAUAUUUAGAUAAGUUGUUGCUCGAGGUGUAACGUCAUCACGCCUGUCUCCCUGAACUGCAAAGUAAAUUUUUCUAACACUG